GUACUACAGAACUUAUCGACGAAAUUUAUUGGUACAGAUAGACUUCACGAGAAAAAAGUAUAUUGACCGGGAUAUUUAUUUUCGGAAGAGAUUAGGAUCUGAGUACCGUUUUGUGUGACAUUAAGUUGAAAUUUAUUAUGAGACAAGAGCAAGUUCGUGUUCGAUAAAAGUCCACUUAAAAGUUUACUCGCGCACUUGCAAACAUCACCCAGUGUACCUAUGGUAAAGUCGACCACACUGAUACGAGUGGAUGAUAGGUUAUUCAUAUUUAAUAGCUUACAGUAACCUAACACAUGUGAAGUGGUCCUACCAUUGGACACGGUAGUCCUGUCUGCCUUAUCGCCACUACGACACUUGGCCGUAGCUGGCUCGUGUGGAGACAGACUACGGAUACAGGUGAUAUAUAAACAGGUGUGUGCUUGUGUGUGGAGACAUAGGUACAGGUAUACACUAUGGUAACAGAUAGCUUGCUGAUUGGUUAUGAGAUCCUUAUUCUAUCUGUGUGAUCUCUGAUGACUUGAGAAUAAUCCAACGACACUAUGUCUGCGUUAGAACACCCUAGUUAUAACUCCUCAAGGGUACAGAGAGCAUACCGAAUCAACAAUAUAGAGAAUGCAAAAUUGCAUGGACGUCUUAAUCUUCUGGAUAAAGAGAGGAAGCGCCAAAUUCAGGUCACAAACCAGGAUAUCAGACUGAUAUCGGUGACCUUGGACUACAUCAACGCCUGUAGUGGUCAGAGUCCAGAAGGACUUGGUCCAGACUCUGAAGAGGAAUAUGAGAAACCAGAAGGUGCACCUUGUUUUUUGUACGGUGAAAGAAUCGUUAGUCGCAAAAGACGUAGGUUCCAACGUCCACAAUCAGCUGCAGAGCGUUCUCGUGUCAAACCGUUGGUUUUAUCAGACCUUAGCGAAAAAGCAAGUGAAGUGUCGUCCUCAACACGUCCACAAAGUAGUCCCGCUAAGGCGAGGACAUUUAUCACGUCGCUUAGAGGAGACGGUGAUUUUGAUGAGGUCCCCAGCAUACCUGGCGACGACAAUGAGUCGUGGACGUCAUGUAGUCGUGCAUCGACCCCAAGGUCAAACCACACAUGGAUGACAGACACUUCAGCUAUAACUAAAAAACUGCUCCGCGCAAACAUAAAUGCGGAACGUCAUCCAAUGGCAAGGAGAGAAAGCGUACGACAACAUGAAAUAGGUCAAUUUAACAGUCAACACGUGUUCGAUAAGAAAGCUAUUGCUCGCAAAAUGUACUCUGUACAUAAAAAACCGUCAAGAGAUCCGAAUGACAAAACGGCACCCACCUUUGCAAGUACGGCAAUAAACAAAAAUGCUGGAAUAAUGGACAUUCUAAAUCAACGACGUCCAACUCUAUCAGCGAAUGAAUGGAAAUCUCACCUUUCUCAGUCAAGGAGUCCUAUGACAAUUGCAGAUCAAAGAAAACAUGUGAUGGACAUUAAAAUGGGCAUUAAUGAGGAUAGAAGAGAUAGAAUAAACAGUAAAGUUAAAACUUUUAUGAGUGAGUCGUAAUGGUGCUGGACAAUUUUAUAAAACUUCUAAAACUGUCGGCCACAAUUGCCAUAAAAGAGUGCUCAAACGCAAUAUGUCUCAAAUCAUUUUUCUUAUAUUAUCUUCAUUCUAUGCAAACGUAUACUUGUUUGACGGAAUGUUAAGUAUAUAUCAUGUUGGAUGUCAAUGCAGAAUCAUUAAAUUAUUUAUAUAUUUUCUUA